AAGACAAAGAAAGACAAAAGAGACAAAUACAAAUCCAGGACUGGGGCUGAAGAGUCAAAAGAAGAUUUUAAAAAACACUGACAUACUCAGAAAGUCUGACGUGAAUCUCAGGAUGACGAACAUCAGCGACUGUGGAUCAUCUCCAUGCUUCUGUUGCUCCUUCAGCUCCAGAUGUUCUGUCUCAGAAAGUUAUGAACUCAGAGAAGCAAAGCCGGAACGUGAACAAACAGAAAGAGAGACGUCCUGGUUCAGCAGGACAGCCAGGAGGAUCAGGAGACGUCUGUCCAGAGUUCAAAGACAUGAUUCUCCCCCUCACAUCAUGAGACCUACAUCUCCAUUCUGUACUUCGCCCCAUGUUGGAACACUUGCUGUUAAUGAAGAUUCAUCUUUUAGAUAUGAAGUUGAAUCCGUAUGCGAUUACUCUGACUCUGACUUUCACAUGUACGCACCCAGUUCUAUGUUUUUCCCGUUCGAAGCCCAAGUUGUUUCUGGUCCUGUAGAGCUGCAGACUGAGGAUCUGAUGGAAAUGGAGGAUUAUGUUGGAGCUGUGAACUAUCCAGUCACCAGCAUCCGUCCACCUCAUCAUUUCCACAUCUCCUCCUCAGGUCCUGAUGGGAGUCCAAGAGGUUCCAGCAGCGUUCCUGGUUGUGUCAGCAUGCCUUCACUGAGUCACAUCACCUCUGCAGGAAACAACAAGCCAACACGAGCUGCAAGCUUACCUGACAUGAAGCUGCAGAGCAGCUUUGAGGAGUUCACCCCUGAUCUGAGUGAAGACGAUGAAGACCAUGAAGGCUACAGGUUCCAGUGCUCCUGUCCAGGCCUGUAUCAGUGCAGCGUGACCGGCCUGGUGUUUGACAUGGAGGGAGAAGGAGACGUGGUUUACAGGACGGUCCCUUGGAACAGGAGGCUCCUGGUCCAACAUCACAAGAAGCCUGCAGGACCUCUGUUUGACAUCAAGUGUGAGCAGCAGUCUGUGCGUCAGCUUCACCUCCCACACUGUCAGAUCCUCCCCACAGCUGGAUUCCUGGCAGUUGCUCAUGUGAAGGAUGACGGCGUGGAGUUCAUCAGCCCUCAUAAGAUCACAGAAACUCACCUUGUUAUCAACAUCAGGGGCUUUUCUGGUUUCGGUAACGUGAAGGAUGAAGACUCUCCCCCUGACCCGGUCCGAGCGUUGGUUCUGCUGUUCUACAGGCCACCAGAUGAUCCAGACGUCACAUCCAUCCUCAAUGUCUUGUUGCUGCCAAAAAACGUUUCCUUGCGAGAUGUGCAGCGCACCAGGAAGAAGUUAGUUGGAGAGGAGAGGUACAUUGAGACGUCCCCACACUGUAAACUGCUCCCAGAUCAGGUCUACACUCUGUCCACUGCACCUGAAGACGACUCGGUUCUAGUUCAGCCAACAGAAGCUGAAUUUGAGGAGGACUGCUACGACAACUACUUCCCAACGUUCCAGGUGUUUCUGGAAACAACCAUGAAACAUAUGAAGCUGUUUCUGAGAGACAGCAGCUCCCAAAGUGUCUGGGACAGACGAGUCUGUCUUUCCUCUGCUGGACAAAUAAAGUCCUGUGGAACAAACGCUCCAAAUAAGAAGCUGCUGGACGUACGGAGCAGCUUCAUCGACGGCACAUCAGGACCGGUUCUCAACAGUCUGCUGGACAAGCUGCUGGAGAAAAAGGUGUUGACCGACUCUGAGAGGGAGUCAGCAGACGUGAUGCCAAACAGGAGAGACAAAGCUCGUUUUAUUAUCGACACGGUGAGGAAGAAAGGCGACACUGCCAGUUCAGAGAUGAUCGAGUUUCUGUGUGAGCUUGAUCCCUUCCUCUGCGAACAUCUGGACUUGAUGUAAAGCAAAAUGAAGAGAUGGACUAACAGAAUAAUGUGCAUUUUAAAGGUUCAACAUUGAACAGCAGCAUGAACAGCAUCCCAAAACUGCAGCUUCAGCAUUAAAAUGUAUAUCACAACUAGAUACAGAUGAGACAGUGUCAUCUACAUUAAGACUGAACAGCACAGGCCCCAGGAUUGAGCCUUGUGGGACAGCUUUUGCAGUUUUCACAAAUUGUGAUCAGAGGUACGAAGGGUUCAAUAUGCAUAGAAAUUUAACUCUGACAGCCAUAAAAUUUAGUGAGAACCAUCACCAUUAAUAAAUGCCUCAAACAGAGUCAAAAAAUUUGAGAAAAAAAAGGUGCACAAGUUUCAAACAAGGGUCGUGUUGAGGUCCCAGAAAGUUCCUGGAAAUGUAUGUAUAGGGAUACAUCUAUAUUGUCCACUAACAAUACAGUCUUUGGUCAACAUUUCACAAACUGUUUAGUCCUCUAAUAUUAAUAAAUAUAAGUAUAGCAUAUGGUAAGUCAAGGUUCUAUUUUCUUUUGGCUUUUUUCACACAAAAUGGUGAUGUGGAUGCCAAAAACUGGUGUGCACAGUUCUCUAUAUAUUGGUCAGUGUUUGUCAUUUUAGAUACCAGCCACCAUCUCAGAUUUUCUUUGGCUUACUUAUUUGUUAUCUGGCAUGUAAAAAUAAGUUCGGUAAAAUACUUUGUCUACUUUUUCUCUCCAAAUAUUAUCAGUUCAA